CGAGAAUACGAGAUUGAUAAUUGAAGUCGCGCGGAUUUUUCUUAUAACCUAUUGGCCAAAUGAGAACGAUUGAUGUAUGCGACUUUUUCACUGAAAUAGAAACACCAAUUGACGUUUUGAAACUAGAAGAAAGAAAGAAUCAAAACAACGGCCAACGGGUGCGACGAAAGUGAGCACAGCACACGUGUCUACGUAUCACGUUUAUUACAUCAUCUUUCGUAAUUUCGUAUUUGAUACGUGAUAUAGGAUAUAGCAAUAGAUAUGUUUGGGUUUUCAAAUCGAAUCAUGUGUCGCUUCGAAUAUGGGGAUUUAAUCACAAUAUUACUAGGCGAAAUUGAUGGAGAGGCAAGUAUUGCGAUCGGAACGUGAAUGCGGUGAACGGUGAUUGUGUAUUCCCCGAUAUUUUCAUGCCACAUCUACGAUUGAACCUUGCGCCGCCUUGGCCCAAGCUCCAAUUCAUGACUCGCAAAAGGCUGUUUAUCCGAGCAAACACCCUGACAUUUCUGUUGGUACCAGCGUUUUUCUUCUUAUGUGUGUACUACCUACCGGCAUGGAGAUGUCCGACGGACCAGCCAGUUUUCGACGGCAAGUAUCGGCUGAUCGUCCUAAUCCUCAGCAGCCCGAACAACUUGAAGCGUCGAGAUACCAUCAGGAAAACCUGGCUAGCCGAUUAUAGUUAUGGCGGUAUGGUAAAGUAUUUUUUUGCCAUUGGUACCCACGACAUUUUGCCCGAGCAAGGAAACACUUUACAAUCGGAGAAAGACAAGUUUGAUGAUCUGUUACUGCUGCCCACGUUACAUGACUCUUAUGUUACAUUGACAAAGAAGGUACUCUAUGCGCUUCGAAACAUUCACGAGUACUACAACUUUGAUUUCCUACUCAAGUGCGACGACGAUUCUUAUGUUCUGAUACAUAAGAUUUUGAAAGAGCUUGAUCAAUGGCAAAGUAAGGGUACUAGGCGGGAGCUUUAUUGGGGUUUUUUCAAUGGACGAGCACAAGUCAAGAGGAAUGGCCCGUGGAAAGAAAGUGACUGGAUCCUAUGUGAUUAUUAUCUCCCUUAUGCUUUGGGUGGUGGAUACAUCCUGUCUUACAAUAUUAUUAAAUUUAUCGCCAGCAAUGCAGAUGUUCUCAAGUUGCAUAAUUCGGAAGAUGUCUCCGUUGGGCUUUGGUUGGCGCCAUUGACGAAUAUUGAAAGAAAGCACGAUGUGCGCUUCGACACGGAAUACAGAUCGCGCGGCUGCUCCAAUCAGUACAUAAUCACGCAUAAACAGACCGUUCAGAGUAUGAGGAACAUGCACGAGCAUUAUCAGACUUUUGGAGCGCUGUGCCGCAAAGAAGUGAGAAAUCGCAUGAGUUACAGGUACAACUGGACUGCAUUGCCUAGUCAGUGCUGCAACAGACAGCCCGGUAUCCCCUAACGCGAUAAAAAGAAGCUUCCUCGACACUCAUGAUAUUUCUAGUCCUUUUGUUUUUUUUAUACUAGCUUAAUAUUCCAACAUUGCAUUUUUAAUAGUUUGCUAUUGAGCGUAUACCUAUUUUCACUUAUUUAUGCAUUCACUAAGCCGGAGAUUUUUAUAUUAAAUACAUAGUUCUAAGAAAUGUAUUUUGAACAAUACUGUUGAGUGAACAAGAGUUAAUCGUGAAAAAAUUCUAUUUAAGUAGAUUUUGAAUUUAUACUUUGAUGUAUAUCAUUAUUUCGACAUAUUUUGCUGCACAUUAGCACUGUUAUAAUUAAUUAAACAAUACUUUUUUAACACAUUUUGUAAAUAUUCUUAGCAAAAAGUAGACUAAGUCAUCAGACGAAAUAGACAGGUAAAGCAAAUAUAUUUUCUUGGUGAAGC